AUGAAAACACUGAGAUGGUCCGGCAGAGGCCGCAAAUCGUCUUCAGCUGCGUCAGACAACGGUCACAGCGAGAGUCCGAGAGAAAAUUCCGCUGCAAACCAUCGAAAGGACAACUACGCUUCAAAUCACUCGCUAUCAUCACACUCGCCAUCGAUUGUGAAACGACCCACGGUUUUUGGCAAGACCCUGAAUUCGUCGCCAUCGCUGUAUCUUUCAGAAACUAGCAGCAAAUCGUCUCGAAGUCUCGUGUCCCACAGAGAAACAGACGACAUCGAAAACGAUACCGCAAACUACGUAGCUGUCUCCCACGAUGAUAGCACGACAAUUGCUGACGACCAGUCAAUUUUAUCUUCGCAGUCCACCGCCGUUACUACUAAGACCCCGUCGACUAUGAGAACUGGGCCUUCGCCAUCUUUAAAUGGGGACAAUUAUGACAGCCAUACUUUCAAAAUUGGCUGGGUUAAUAAGGCUGCUGCUUCUCCAACCGCAAGUAAUCGCGAAAGCAGAGUUUAUGGUAAUGGCGCAUCGCUAGACCCGCAGCUCCAAGCGAAAAAGCCCGUUUCCUACAGAAUUCACAGAGCUGCCCUUCGAGGUCCAGUACUCAAUCUCUACAAGAGCGGCAUUGGCAAUGUAAAAUAUUUUGAUCCUACCAUGCCUCCGCCCUCCCACCUUGCAGAUAACAUGUAUUCGGACGCCGGUUACUCUUUACCCACAACACCUACCCAUCAACAGAGCUUAGCAUCGAGCGAUCAUAAUAUCUCACAAGAAAGACAGCAAAAAGAUCUAGUUUACUUGAGUUCUGAGUAUCCACAUCCUCAAUUGAAACUCGACAAAGACGGACGACUGUUGUCCGGCUCUAACGAAAGUAUUUGCCAUAUGAUACUAUUUCUCCCACCUCUCAGCGACGAAGAAACCAGAAAAAUAGUAGAUGUUUUACUUAUUCUUCCUCUGAUUGAUAGAUUCGGAACGAUUUUGGCCAUCUUUCAGCUAUUUGGAGUGACAUUUACCAGGCAUCGGGUCAAAUUGGUCAAUUCUGCAAGACAGCAUCAUCAAAUAUCGGCAAAGGCCGAUUCUUUGAUGACGGAAAGGCUGGCGCUGGUAGUUAAAGUUGUCUUGGACGUUUUCUCUGGAUUUCUCUUGGACGAUAAACUCUUUUCUCAGAUCGUCAACUUGGUCGAUGUAAUAUCUCUACACGACGAUGAGAUAUCCACUAACUUGAAGAUAGCAAUUGUCGAGAGGCAAAACAGUCUGAAUCAACUGUGUUCUUUUUCAAGACAAAAAGUCAAUCCAACUGAACUGAAGCAGUUGAUAUCUGUCGAUAGUUUUUUGAAGAGUGACCUAGACGAAUUUGUUACAGGCGUUCAUCAAAUAAACUUGAAGUUUCUCAGAGAAUGGAGCCCGCAGAGAGAUUACUCGCUCCUCUACGAGUCGAAUUACAAUGAAAAACACAUUCAAAUGAAUCCAACAAUUUUCAAAAACUCCGAAAAUGUUCACUAUCUUGGAAGGCUCAUGAUAUCUCAUUUAUUUACAAGUCGUUCCACUUACUCACCCAAGAAAACGGCUGAGACAUUAGCCGCUUGGGUGCAACUGGGUUGCCGUUUCGAAAAAAUAGGAGAUAUGGUCUCAUGGCUGGCAAUUGCCACUAUUAUCUGCUCUAUUCCUGUCCUCCGACUUGUGUCUACCUGGCAACAUGUAACAGAACAAACACUCAGAGUUAUUUUCAGAGAUUGGGUCCCCACUAUCGUGCAACUAGACAGGCGCAAGAUCGCCUCGAAAUCUAGCAAUAGCGUCUUCAUCUUGGCCCCCCCUAAUUUGAAUAGCGCAUCAACAAGAGAAAACGUUAUACCGUAUUUCGGAGACUUGUCGAUAAAUGCUAGUGAUCUUCCAUCGGAAACGAAAUUUAAGUAUCUUGAGAAGAAGAUUCAUCGUACCAAAAACGCAUUUUUCAAGUGGCAGCAACGUAUAGAACAAGCUAAACGAAAUGAUAAAGAAGCAGACCCUAGUCCACCGCUAAGAUUGGAUAACUACGUUAAAUGCACAACCAAGAUUUAUCAAUUUUGGCGCUUUCAUUUGGAUCAAGAACCUAUGAAUAUUGAUGAGAUCAUGAACUUGAGUUUGGAAAUGGAACCUCCACGCAUCGAUCAAAAGGAGUACUCGGCAACUAGCUCAAGAAGAAGCGCACUAUUGACAGGUAGUUACCUUCCAAUGCUCUUUAAUCAACUGUUACCAAACUACUCACUUUUUUCCCGCGACUCUCUAAUAGGUGCCGCCGGCAUCGCUCUUGGAGAUGCAACUGGUGGCGCUCAAAGCACUGGUGUGCAAAAAUCAGCCAUCACUUGCCCCAUGAGUUCAGAACACGAUCAAAGCGGAAUCACUGGUGUUGAAAAUAUCGAUGAACCUAUAACGAAAGAAUUGUCUUCAAAAGUGUCGAAUAAGCAAAAACUUUUAAAGCUCAUCAGAGAUGCUUUCAACAUCGACAUGGACAUGUUCCAUGUCUCAGACGAUGUAGUUUUUAAGGCUGUUGACGACAUCGACGGUAGAUCGAGACCUGCAAGUGUCGUCAUCGAAACGCCGAAACGACUUUCCCAGCACUCGUCAAUAAAUACAACCAGGGAUUCUCAAGACUUGACGCGACUCAGCUCUACAAUGGAAUCUCUAGACUUCUUCAGCACAAUGGGCAAAUCUUCUGGUUCCAUCAAUGAGUCACAUAUUCAAGUCGUGCUUAAGUCUGCUACGCUCGAAAAGCUCUUUGAUGUCUUGAUUUUAACCACAAGCGUCUUUUCGAAAGUGGUUGAUACCGAAGACUUGGAAAAUUAUCUGUCGCACGAACGGAGACGUCAGAGUAUUCGCGCGCAAACUCCGGAUCAUGCCUCAGUUGGCCCGCUUGAUUGUGCCUUCAUUAGACUAUUAAUGGACAAUGACGUUUUUACCGAAACCUUUUUCAACACCUAUAAAAGUUUCACCACGACUACCAUCGUGCUCGAGAAUCUCGCAAAGCGUUUUAUUGGGGCUGUAAGCGGCGCUGUUUCGAUCUGUCGAAUCAUGAAUAAUGGCAGACAAAGAUAUGCAGGUGGAGCAAGCUCAAAUAGGUUCUCCGGAUUUCUCGAUGCCACGAAUAGUAACACCAAAUUUCCAGCAUGGGAUCUCAAAAUCACAGAGGAUGACGAAAUCAGCCUGGCUUAUGUUGCUAAAAUACAGAUUGGUGCUAUGGAGUCAUUUCUUCAUUUAGUGAGUCUGCAUUACUCAGAUUUCACGGAUUGUUUAACAAACAACACAACUUUCCUUGAUAUUCUGAAAAUCAUGGACCAAGAGAUUAAUGAUGAGUGGACGAAAAGACUGGACGCAUUCGCGAAAAGCAGGUACAGUCAACCUGAUUUUCGCGAUGAGACAAGCGAAAUUGAAAAUCUUCACGUUACGUUAAAGACUCUGUUCAAAAGGCUGAAAUCCUGCUAUCAAAAGCAGCUGUAUCGACCUCUGGGCAUCAGUAAAGUGCAAAGAACAACUCGGGGCUUUCUUAAAGAAGUCAAGACCCUUUCCAUGAAAAGUCUCAUGGAAAAUACAGAUGACGUCACUUCUUGCAAUAAGUUUUAUAAGUCGUUCGAAAAUCUAGCGUAUGCUGACUACGGUGGGCUGUCAAACUGGAUGUAUGAACUAGAUGAAUUCGUUAGCGAUCGAAUGUCUCUUGUUUCAAAUCACGACUGGGUUGAUGUUUCUGAAAUGCUAGAGCUUUUCUCGAAUAAAUCGCUGGUUUCACUAUAUCAGUAUCCCCUUCAUUCUAUCUCCCAGGCAAUUGUGCAGUCAGCUGGUUCUUACUUGGACGACCUGGAAGUGGUGAACGUUUUCACUUGGUUAACAACUUUAUCGACAGAGGAAGGCGAUCUCCUUUUCGAACACUUGCCUGCUUCAGUUCAGCUAAUCAUCAAACUGCAUAGAUCUGUGUCCAACUUUUUGGUAUUUCAAAUUUCCAAUCCACAUCAGUCCGUCGAGAGCAGAACAAACAUAUGCGCUGUCAUUUUGCAGCUCCUAAAUUUAACACAUUGGAAGAAUUCAUCAAUGGAUCUUUUUCACGACGGGAAAGGUGAUAAAACUACCACUGCAAUUUCUCCACAUGUUCCCUCUUUUCUUGAAAGCUGUUUGUGCAAUGCUCUCAUUGCCCCAGAAUCGAGAUACUUUGAGAUGUUCUGGAAGGAAGCAUACGGAAAGCUCUCAGGGUCCAGCGCAGCUGAUAUCAAAGAUAUAUCUGCUGUAUUGGAACGUGCAAGUGGCCAGAUAAAAAAUUUUGUCGAAUUUGAUGAGUCCUUAGUCUCAAAAUCCAAAAACUUAACACCUUGCCCUGGUUGGUUAAUAACCAGGCUCUUGGAGAUUUCCCAGUUUGUACCUAACAUGAGUAUCGAAAACUCAAGAAUGAUAAACUUUGAUAAGAGAAGGUUCGUGAAUAACGUAAUCACGAAUUUCAGAGAGAUGCUCCCAUAUUCUUCGGUCCCACAAGAAGUUAUCAGAGAUGAUGAAACUAUCUUUCAAGAUAUUGUUGACAGCGGCAAACUUUUUAGAAAAGUCGCCAAAGAAACGGCAGCAACAGAGGCGAGAGCCAAUAAAUAUCAAACGGCGGGGCUUUUCAACAGUGUUAUUAUUGCAGAGGUGGACAAAAUAAAACGCGAUCAGAAAAAGAUGAAUCAACUCAAUAUUCAAAACAACGAUAAUAAACGUAAAAAUCUAUUGGAGCAAGCAGUAAAACACAGGAACAGACUGAGCACAUCCGCAUCAACCCGGGAUAUUGGUAGUGAACUUGUGUCACGAGAACAGAGUUCUCCCGUUGACCAUUCUCCUAUGAAGCGGAGCUCAUUCGCACCCAACCCAACUCAAAGAAGCUCUGUUAUCUCAAACUCUUCUUCUCAUAGCAAUGGAAGUAUGGGUAAAAAAUUAGGUGGUUUCUUCAGAAGGCCGUUUUCAAUUGGCGGUUUCUCGAGUUCAUCCUCUGCACAUGGGCUCAAUGCAAUUCUGCUGAGCGGCGUACAGCCUAAUGGUUCAAUAUCGCCUUACGAACUUCCCGAUAUCACGUCAAGUGUGUUUAAGGACAGUAAACCAGUAUACUCCAUCAGGACCUUUGAGAUCAAGUCUUGCAUUCCAGUUAACGGAAUCAAUAAACUCCCUCAGGCCGACCACAGUCUCAAAAUCACGAUGGAUAAUGGAGUAGAGCAUAUUCUCCAAGCUAUGAGUCACCACGACAUGAUGGAGUGGCUAAGAUUGAUAAAUCUGUCCAAAAGGUAUUCUUUCCAUUCCCAAAAAUACAAAGGUAAAACAUCAAACAAGAUAUUUGGGGUGCCUAUUGAAGACGUGUGCGAACGCGAAGGCAGCAUAAUUCCCAAUAUUGUAGUGAAGCUACUAGAGGAGAUCGAACUUCGCGGUCUUGAUGAAAUGGGCCUCUACAGGGUUCCUGGAUCUGUGGGUAGUAUUAAUGCCCUCAAAUCGGCUUUUGAUGAAGAAGGUGCGGUGAGCAAUACCUUUACGUUAGAAGAUGACAGAUGGUUUGAAAUCAACACAAUAGCUGGCUGCUUCAAGCUUUACCUAAGAGAACUUCCGGACUCGCUAUUCACUAAGCAAAAGCUAGGAGAUUUUGUCAAUCUCGCCCUACAGCACAAAUCGAACGAAAUAGACUAUGAUCAAUUUAAGUUAGGGGUUCGCGACGCGUUGAAGACUUUGCCGCUUUACAAUUUCCACAUGAUGAAAAGAACAUUUGAACAUUUAAAUCGUGUUGAUCAACAUGUCGAGAACAAUCGCAUGGACGCGACUAAUCUCGCCAUUGUUUUCUCAAUGAGUUUCCUCGAUCAGGACGAUCUUGCCGCUAGUAUGGGACCAAGCUUGGGUGCCUUACAAGCACUCUUGCAGGCAUUCAUCCGGAAACCAGAUGACUUUUUUUAA